GAUCUGAGCACUUGAGGUUGACAAACGUCUAAGGAAAUGACAUAAUCAUUCAUGACAAGAUAUUUAGGGCAAAGGUCCGAGCUGGAGUCAGCUGAUAAAACUCGAUGUAGGACCAUCAACGUAGCACCUAUUAUCUUAUCUCUGUAUUACACGACUUCAGUAGCUUUACUCUAUAAGACCUUACCUGGCUGUUGUCACUCAAUCUGGUUGAACCAGUGCAGAACAAGAGGUGGUUCAGUAGCGCCCACGUUCUUCAGUACUAGUUUUUAAGAGAUCUGCAAUGCUAACCUCGAACAAAUGAUGAGUCGCAGGAUUGAAGUGAUCGCAUUUGACACAACCUAUUACCCAUUUGCUUUUGCAAGCUGUGCAUUUUUCCUGUGUAUCUAUAAGUAUGUCUCCCCAUCACUGUCACUACGAAUGUGUGAAGGUUACAGGAAUAUGCCACUGGCGAAACAAAUUGACUGGAAUACUAGAGUAAACUCAACCCUCCACUCUGCCAUUGUGAGCUGUAUGUGUGUGUACUCACUAGUUUACGACAAUGAAAUCAGUGAGGAUCCUAUUUGGUGUGAUGCCCCCAUGGUUAGAACUAGCUGUGCAAUAUUGUUUGGAUACAUGGCUUCUGAUUUGGUUGUGAUGACAGUUCAUUACAAGCACAUAGGCGAAACAUUUUACUUUUUUCAUCAUGGGGCGUCCAUGUAUGCUUACUACUAUGUCACAACAUACGGAGUGCUGUCCUACUUCGCGAAUUAUCGUCUCAUGGCAGAGUUUUCCACAGCAUUUGUCAACCAGAGGUGGUUCUUCGAUGUGUUGCGGUACCCAAAGAGCAGUCCCCUCUUUAUAGGAAAUGGUUUAGCUAUGACAGCAGCCUUUUUCUUGGCACGUAUAGCAGUCAUGCCGUCUUACUGGUCAAAAGUUUACAGUGUAUAUGGCACUGAAGAUUUUGCCCGUAUUGGUCAUAUACAAGGAGUGCUUAUUGUCACCUGUGUUAUUCUUGAUGUGAUGAAUAUUUUCUGGUUUUACAAGAUGUGUUUGGGUGUGAAGAAAGUUUUGACUAUUUUAUUGAAGUUGAAUACCCCCACAGAAGAAAGUCGACAAGCGAUACCAGUGGAAGACAAAGUGAAGUAGUCAAUGUUGUCAUUUGUCUUUUCAUUAUUUCAAUUUACUUGUGAAAUUUUAUCACCAAUAGUGACAGCACCUUUUAAGGUGUCUCAAAUGAUUUCUGAAAUAGUUUUUAAAAUUCAAGAAAUAUAAUAGACAAUAGAUAUGCUUCAUUCCCAUGUUCUUUGGGGAAAUUCAGUGAUUCAGUAAUCAUUAAGGAGUGCUGUAUGCCUGCUGGUCAACAUGGUCAGUCAUUGUUGCGACUACCCAAAAUCAAAUCUCUGGUUUAAGCUUUCAACCAAACAUUAUAUAUGAGUGGGUUUUUAAAGGGAGGCAUUUUUCUUUUCGUUAGAAUUCAAAAUUCUGGGCAUCCAUAUCAACAAAGAUUUUGGUGUGACUUUAUCUAAUUGUGAUAAAUAUGGUCAUCCUUUAAGAUAUAAAAGAACUGAUAACUCUGUUCUGAAAGAUUUCCCAUUUCAAUCUGUGUACAUUGCGAUAAGGAAGCAUUCUCAUGUCUUGUGUCCAGUUUUCGACUGUGAUCCAUGUUGGUGAAAGUGCUCAAGCUGUCCUCACUGAUUGGCAUUUCAGGUUUUCGACUUUGUGAUGGAAGAUAUGACUUACAGUAAUGGUAGCACUUCAUCAUGAAUUCAUGUAUUAAGUUUGUGGGGCUAAAUGAUUGAAAAAAAGCUUUGUUUGCUAGUUAGUUUCACUCAUUUUGAAGAUUUGAAGAAAUGUGAUGAUACUUAUAAUUUCUUUUUACCAACUUUCAUUGUGACAUAUACGAUAAGAACAAGACACAAUCAGCUUGGCUUGUUCUAGAAACAUAACUGAACAAGGAAUAGGUCUACACAGUGACACAUUUCAUUUACUUUCAAAAUUAGAACAAUUAUUGAAGUGGAUAUAAAUAAUUUUUUUCAGUAACAACUGCAGAAACCCAUAACAUAUUACCCCAUAAUAAUAUUGUAUUCACACUCACCUCUAGGCCACACAGCUCGCCUCUCAUCAUUUUGUUAUUACAAGUACUUUGAGAUGGUGUUUCCUACGUAUGUUUCCUACUUAGGAAAUCCUAUGUAUGUUUCCUACGUGUGUCACCUCGUUUUGUCAGUUGAUGAAAUACACCAUAUGCAUAGUUGUGCCAAAUAUUCAUGCUUUAUGUGUGUAACAAUCAUCAGCUGAUGCAUUCAACUGAUAUCUUCAGCUGUAACAAGACAUCAACUUCCUCACAUCUCAUAUUUCAAGAAAGGAUUAAAAUCUGAUAAUUAAUUUAUUGUGGCCUUAUUUUCACUUGACUGGACAACAUCAUAUCUUUCCCCUGUGUACUCAGACACAGUCAACAUACUAUUUCAGAACAUACUAUGCUUGCCAUCACAAGUGUUGUUUUGUCUUUAUUUUGAUUCUAUUUUCAGUUGUUUCUUUAUUUUCUGAAAACUGUGUUUGUAAACCAAAUCGGUUGGAGGAAAAUCACUCUCUCUCUGCUGACAGUGUGAGAACAGCAAACAACUGAAGUUGUAAAUUCACAAAUAUAAUCUAUAAUCACAAUAAUCACUUCACAGAAAACACCCAGUGUUAUGUGUUCACUGUUGUAAGAGUAUGUUGAUUGGAUGGCCAAGGUGGCCACUGAAUAUGGUAUAGAAAUGAGUGACAAUCAGAGGCCAGCUGAGACAUACAUAUCACAGUGGCUAUGUUACAGGGCUUUGCACUGCACUUCAAUUAUAUUGUUUAACUG